UACCGGACGAGACACGGAAGCUACUGCCGCCACGCACAGACGACAUAGGAGGGAGGAUCUUCCCCACACUCGCACUCGCACAAGCUUUACUAUUUUCUUUUCCGCUAUAAGAAUGGCCACCCAUCACUCCCGCGAACCUCCACUCAGUCUCUCACUAGAUCUCUCUCUCUCUCUAACCUCUGAUUGAGCAUCUCUCUGGUUGCUCUGCACGGCCGGCCACCGCCAUGGCGGGUGCCGUAGCGGAGCGGAAGGUGAAGGUGGCGGAGGUGUCUCUGCGUGCGCUCCUCUGCUUGCUGUCCGCGCUGGCGGCGGCGCUGGUGGCCACCGACAGCCAGACCCGGACCUUCUUCUCCUUCCAGAAGAGGGCCACCUUCAGGGACAUGAAGGCUAUGGUGCUCCUCGUGGCCGUCGCCGCCGCGGCCGCGGGGUACAGCCUGCUGCAGGUCGCGCGGUGCUGCGUAACCGCAGCCCAGCGCGCCGGCGGCGGCGGCACGCUGACGAGCCGAGCCCUGGCCUGGUGUGUCUUCUCGUGCGACCAGGCGCUGGCGUACGCGGUGCUGGCGGCGGUCGCGGCGGCGCUACAGGCCUCCGUCAUCGCCAAGAGGGGACAGCCCGAGCUGCAGUGGAUGGGGAUCUGCAGCAUGUACGGCGCCUUCUGCAGGCAGGCCGGAGGGGGCAUCGCCAGCGCCGUCGCGGCCGCCGUCGCCGCCGUCCUGCUCGCGUUCCUGUCCGCCUUCAACCUCUUCAGGCUCUACGGCCAUAAUAAGACAGCCGGCGGCGGGGCCGCCCGGAACGGCGGCGGCGGUGGCGGUGGCGCGACGUGGUAGAGCUUCGUGUUAGCGGGUCGGCUUUCACUGCUCCGUUCGACACGGUGCCGCGUGCUUCCCUUGCAAUGCAAACAUUGUAGGGACAGCCGUGCACUCGAGCUCUGCUAGCUUCUCUCCACGAGUAGUACCACUGCAAGAUAUAGCUGUACGCAGCUAAUCAAGAAACAGCUUUAAAAUACUGUCCAUGAAUCUUUAGGAUGUGAUAUAUCUUUCGUGUUGCAACGAAUUUUCCCGUUCCUGAUCAGAUGGAUCAACUGAUUCAUG